UUGAAGCCAAUAGUUUUUCAAAACCGCCGUCCGCUUAUUCUAUAAAACUGAGGCAAACACUCCUCAGUUGAUGUGUGUACGAAUCUGCCCACCUUUCUCUUUCUCUUAUUUCUAAUUAUUAGAAUUUCGGUUCAAUAUAUGGAGGGAAUGGUUUUGGUUUACGGGACUUUGUGUGAAGGCCAGGAUGAGGAGAAAGAUGAUGCUAAAAGACCGAAGAAUUUGACCUAUUAUCGCAUUCAUGAUUUACCAGAGAACUUGUGCCAUUCGAGUGACCACCAGGUACGAGGAAACGCUGAAAAGAAAAGGCUGCUCAAACGUUGCCUUUAUCAAGACUUCCCUGUAUAUCCAAAUCUUCAAGUACAGGGAGGUAAGAUAAAACCUUUUUCACUGAGUUGCCUAAUUUCAGCGAAAACUUACAGACAAAAUGGUGGUGGUCAUUUUGUUUAUCACUUAUCCUAUCACUAACUCCUUGACGCUUUGGCAAACCCAUUUGUACCACGAUACUUAAGUUAGACAUUAGUAUGUACAUUUCAGUUAAAAUUGAAAAUGUAAACUCUUUA